UGCCAACAGGAGAGUGUCCAAAUCUGUAUAAAUUGGACGAACAGUGUGAUGAACAGUUUUCCUAUGUGGAAAAGCAAGAAGAAACAUAAUGGCAACUGAACUAUCACUCAUCAGUGUGGGAAUUGUGUUUGUUGUGUUGCUGCUGCUAAAACCAUUGAUUUUUGGUCAGAGAGGAAAACCAUUACAUGAACAUCAUAAUGGAAGUACGUCUAAAGUGUCUGAAUCUGGACUGUGGCAGCGUCUCUCUCAGUUUCUUCCGUGGUCCUCAUCUCCUUCCCUCCCAGGUCCUCCUGGUUUCUUCCUAAUAGGCAACAUGAUGGAGCUGACACACGAUCAUCUGCCAAUUCACCUGACAAAUCUGGCUCAACGCUACGGAAGCAUCUACCGCCUUAAAUGUGGAAACACUACUAUGGUGGUCCUCAAUAGCAGUGAAGUCAUAAGAGAAGCACUAGUAAAGAAAUGGUCAGACUUUGCUGGGAGACCUGUUUCAUACACAGGUGAUAUUGUGUCUGGAGGAGGGUGCUCCAUCUCUUUGGGGGACUACAAUGAGAAGUGGAGGGCACAUCGCCGGCUUGUUCAUAGUGCUUUGCAACGCUGCUGUCAAAAAUCUUUGCAUGAAGUAAUUGAGAGGCAGGCAUUACACCUACGAAAGGUUUUAAUGGAUUAUGAUGGCAGUGCUGUAGAUCUCGCCGAAGAUUUCACAGUAGCUGCAAGUAAUGUCAUCACUACUCUGACUUUUGGAAAAGAAUAUGAUAAAAGUUCAGUGGAGCUGCAGCAGCUCCACAGCUGUCUGAAUGAGAUAGUUGCUCUGUGGGGAUCAUCUUGGAUUUCUGCUCUGGACUCCUUCCCUCUACUCAGAAAAUUACCCAAUCCAGUGUUUUCCCGUCUCCUAAAAGAGGUAACCAAGAGAGAUGAUAUUAUAAGAGAACACCUAAACAAUUACAAGUCACAAGACAACAAAAGUGAAGACGCCAUCACAGGCUCCCUUCUUCGAGGUAUUGACCAACAUCAAAACUCAGAGGAGGAUGUGCUCCUCACAGAUAUUCACGUUCACAUGGCCACUGUGGAUCUUCUCAUUGGGGGAACAGAGACUACUGCGGCGUGGUUGAGUUGGACUGUUGCCUUCCUGUUGCACAGACCAGAGGUGCAGACAGGUGUGUAUGAAGAGUUAUGUACUGUACUAGAAGGACGAUACCCCAAAUACAGCGACAAACACAGACUUCCUGUCCUGUGUUCUCUGAUCAAUGAGGUGCUGAGGCUCAGACCAGUGGCUCCACUGGCGGUACCACACAGAGCCAUCAGAGACAGCAGUAUUGCAGGUUAUUUCAUCCCUAAGGGUACUGUGAUCAUUCCUAAUGUUUUCGGCGCUCAUCAUGACCCUGCAGUCUGGUCUGAGCCGUACAGCUUCAGACCAGAGCGUUUUGUGGAAGGGGGGAGCUGCUCCACCCGCGCCCUGCUGCCUUUCGGAGGGGGGGCUCGGCUGUGCCUGGGGGAGGCUGUGGCUAAAAUGGAGCUCUUUCUGUUCACUGCAUACUUGCUCAGAGAUUUCCAGUUUAUCCUUCCAAACAACAGCGACUCUUUGCCAGACCUGAGAGGAGUCGCCAGUGUUGUGCUGAAGAUAAACUCGUACAAAGUUAGAGCAAUUCCACGACCAGGAUGUAACAUUUAACUGUCCUUCAGUCAUGUCACUGUCAGAUAAGAGUCAAAACUAAUGAACUUUAGCCCAUAAACACCCAAACAGCCACUGGAGACCAACAUCAUCUACUGAUCUGAAAUAUUUAAUAC